AUUUUUCGCCUCCUUCCUUGAUUUUAACGAAAAAAUAGAAACGCUGCGUUUACGAGUGGCGCUGCCAUCGACAUGCCCAGCGGCUCCGUCUGUGAGGCUUUCCACGUGCGAGCGGUGCAGUGCAGACGAUAUGACUCUCGUUGGGACCCUUGAAAAUGAGCAUUCGGCCAAAUUACUGUCCGGCCCUGCGCUUCAGGAGGCGGCAGUGAACGGAGUAGACUUGUGCGUCUCUGCCGGAUGCGAUAGCGGCUCGGAAUCAAAGCCAGAAGCCAUGACGGCUGCAGCAGAGGCAGAUGCCUCCAGCCUCGGAUCAGCUGAGGACAGUGGCAAGGGUUCCUCGACCUCUGAGGAAGAAGAUGGCAAUGUGGCCAAGCCAGCUGCUGCUGUGGGUGAAGCAGCGCCAGAGACUGGUGGGCAGGAGCUGGUCUUCAUCCAGGACACUGGUUUCAACGUGCGAAUUCAGGCACCAGGCAUAGAGGCAUUUGACAUUCAGGUGAGCUCUAUGGAGCUGGUCCAGGAGAUCCACCAGCUACUGAUGGACCGGGAGGACACGUGCCACCGGACGUGCUUCAGCCUCCAGCUGGACGGCACCACGCUAGACAACUUUGCUGAGCUGAAGAACAUCCAGGGCCUCACGGAGGGAUCCCUCAUCAAGGUCGUUGAAGAGCCGUACACGGUGCGGGAGGCGCGCAUCCAUGUGCGCCAUGUGCGAGAUCUGCUCAAGUCUCUGGAUCCUGGUGAUGCCUACAAUGGCCUGGACUGCAGCUCCCUGGCCUUCCUCAAUGUCGUCACACAGGGGGACAUCCUCGAGAAGAAGAGCCGAGGAGAGUCUGUCGACUGCACGCCACCAGACUACAUCAUCCCGGGCUGCAAAGAAAACCCACCGCUUGUGCCUCUGCUGCCACAGGCCAAGGACCAGAAGAGUUAUCAAGCCCUGAAAGUGUUGACCACCAGUGGUUGGAACCCCCCACCUGGGCCGAGAAAACUGCACGGGGAUCUGAUGUACUUGUAUGUCGUGACGCUGGAAGAUAAGAGGUACCACAUCACAGCAUCUACGAGAGGCUUCUAUAUCAACGAGUCCACAGAGGAAGAGUUCAACCCACGGCCGUGUUCACCCAAGCAUGUUUACCACUCUCUCGUUGACCUGCUUAGUCAGGUGAGCAGCUCCUUCAAGCGCAACUUUGCACUCAUCCAGAAGAAGCGGACCCAGCGGCACCCCUUCGAGCGGGUGGCCACGCCCUACCAGGUCUACUCGUGGCUGGCACCCACGUCUGAGCACAGCAUUGACGCCAUUCGUGCAGAGGACGCGUUCUCGUUCAAGCUGGGCUACGAGGAGCACAUCCCGGGCCAGACGCGUGACUGGAACGACGAGCUGCAGACAACGCGCGAGCUGCCCCGCAAGACCCUGCCCGAGCGGCUGCUGCGCGAGCGUGCUGUCUUCAAGGUGCACAGCGACUUCGUGGCUGCUGCUACGCGGGGUGCCGUCGCCGUGGUCGACGGCAACGUCAUGGCCAUCAAUCCUGGAGAGGAGACCAAGAUGCAGAUGUUCAUCUGGAAUAAUAUCUUCUUUAGCUUGGGCUUUGAUGUGCGAGACCACUACAAGGAAUUGGGUGGUGAUGCAGCAGCUUUUGUGGCACCCUGCAAUGAUUUGCAAGGCGUGCGAGCGUAUGCGGCCGUGGACGUAGACGGCCUGUGCACGCUAGGCACGGUGGUGGUGGACUACCGGGGCUACCGGGUCACGGCGCAGUCCAUCAUCCCUGGCAUCCUCGAGCGCGAGCAGGACCAGUCGGUCGUCUAUGGUUCAGUCGACUUCGGCAAGACAGUCGUCACGCAUCCCGACUACCUCGAGCUGUUGAAGAAGGCUGGAAAUGCACUGAAGAUACUACCUCACAGUGUGAUAAACGAGAAGAGCGAAGAAGUAGAGCUGUGCUCGUCUGUUGAGUGCAAGGGCAUUACGGGCAAUGACAACAGGCACUACAUUUUAGACCUGUUGCGGACAUUCCCUCCCGAUGUCAACUACCUCAUUUUGGACGGUGUGGAAUUGUGCAAGGAGUCCCGAGCAGCAGGCUUCCCACGGGAACACAAGCACAAGCUGUGUUGCCUCCGACAGGAGCUGAUUGACGCCUUUGUUGAGGCUCGCUACGUGCUGUUCAUGAAGCUUGCUGCCUUCCACCUGCGAAGCCUAGAGAAAAAACAGCUGGCCAAGGACGGCGAGGAGGCGAAGAAGGAGGACUCCAAGGAAGGGUCACCAGAGAAGGACACCGAAAACAAAGAAAAGUCAGAGCCACCUCUGAUGCCCGGGGAGAUCAGGAAGUCAGCAGAGCGGAUAACAAACGGAGACAGUCCUGGCACCAACGGCACGCUGCCCGAUGCCGAAAGUCAGAAAGAUGUGAUCAUCAAGGCAGCUCGGGGUGUUGGGUCCCUGAAGGAUACAGAGUUUGACAUCCGGUUCAAUCCUGAUGUGUUCUCUCCUGGAGUGAAGCACGCUGGUGAUGAAGAACAACUGAAGAGGCAGCGGCGUCUAGUCAUUGAGGCAGCAGACUUUUUGGUCGCUGACCAACUACCCGCUUUUGUGAAAGACUGCGCGGAUCACUCCUGCUCUCCCAUCGAUGGAAUUACGCUCAGCGAGGCCAUGCACAGUCGGGGUAUCAACAUGAGGUACUUGGGACGGCUCGCAGACAUGCUGGCGCCCAUGGAACAGCUCAAGUAUUUGCAUGCGGUGGUGGUGGGUGAGCUGCUGACCCGUGCAGCCAAGCACCUGCUGACCACCCACCUACAGGGGGUCGACCCCACCAACAUGGCAGCCGCCAUCAGCCACUUUCUCAACUGCUUCCUAGCUGCGCCUACCGCCAACGUCCAGGCACCCGUGUCCUCCGAUGAGCUCAAGGGUAACCGGAAGAAGGGCAAGAGGAAAGGAAGGCACAACCUGUUCUCUGUACAAGACUCCAGUGAGUGGGCAAGCCUGACGCCACGCUCCCUGUGGGAGCAACUGCGCGGGGAGCUGCGAUCUUACUACGGCUGGGAGCUGCCCUCGACGGCCGCGUCGGCCGGUGGGUGUCCGGACGAGUACCUCGGGAGCCUGCGUCUGCUCAAGUGCUCCCUCCUGCGUUCCAUCUGCCUCAAGACGGGCCUGCAGCUGCUGCACCGCGAGUACACCCUGGAUAACCGGUCGCGGGCCCCCUUCACCGAGGACGACAUUCUCCAGGUGUUCCCGGUGGCCAAGCACGUGCAUCCUCGUGCAACGGAUGCAUACCACUUCUACCUGACGGGCCAGAGCAAGAUCCAGCAGGGCCUGCUCCGCGAGGGCUAUGAGCUGGUCAGCGAGGCUCUGAACCUGAUGAACAACGUCUACGGAGCGCUGCACCCGGAGAUCGCCCAGUGCCUGCGUCUACUGGCUCGCCUGUGCUACGUUAUGGGAGACCACCUCGAGGCCAUGGCCUACCAGCAGAAGGCUGUGCUCAUGAGUGAACGAGUGAAUGGAAUCGACCACCCUUACACCAUCACUGAAUACACCCACCUCGCUCUGUACUGCUUCGCAAAUUCACAAGUGACGACAACGUUGAAGCUAUUAUACCGGGCAAGGUACCUCAUGCUGCUCGCAUGCGGGGAGAACCAUCCCGAGAUGCCCGUGCUCGAUAGCAAUAUUGGCCUCAUUCUGCACGCUGUCAGCGAGUACGACUUGUCAUUAAGAUUCCUCGAGAAUGCCCUGAAGCUCAACAUUGCGUUCUAUGGUAGCCGCAGCCUGAAGGUGGCGGUCAGCUACCACUUGGUGGCUCGUGCUCAAUCCUGUCUGGGCGAAUUCCGAUCGGCCCUGCAGAAUGAGAAGGAGACCUACACCAUCUACAAGGCGCAGCUUGGCGAGGAGCAUGACAAGACUCGUGAGAGCUCGGAGUGCCUGCGCCACCUAACGCAGCAGGCGGUGGUGCUCCAGAAGAAAAUCAACGACAUCUACAAGAAGAACACCACGGCUGCUCUCCCUCCUAUUCAGAUCCAGGCGCCUUCCCAGAGCAAUGUCCUCGAGAUGCUCAACAUAAUCAACGGCAUCCUUUUUGUACAGAUCAGUCCGCAGGACAUUGAAAACUUCAAGGCCGAGUUGGAACGCCGACAGCAGCUGGCUGCAGCCGAAAAGAAGUCUGCCACUCCCGAUGAGGGAGCAGCCGCCAAGGAGCCGUCGGACUCUUGUAACGGUGGUGCCGUGGCACAGUCUGGUAGUGCGUUGACAAAUGGCAGUAGUCCCGUCGACGCGACGAUGACAACGACGGAGACGUCUUCCUCUGGGGAUGCCGCCACUGUAGCAGCCGAAGUACCGAGCCGGUGAGGAGGACGGCAUCGCAUCACCGUCGCCCACAUUACCAUCUGAGAGGCAUGCAUCCCUUCCGUCAACUUGCUUGUGUGAAAGCUCGUGAGACGAUACCAGCACCCGCGGGGUUUGCCGGAUGGACUCUUUAAUCCGUGCCCGUCGCAUCAUCUAUUUACUCCUUCCCCUCCAGCCAGGCUCUUUCCCCCUUUUCUUUCUUACACAAUGUAGCAUUGUAAAUUUCCCCGCUCAUUCUUUGCACUUCUCGAUUUACCUUUUUCUUCUUGCUGUUGCGGUUUUAUUACUUAGAUAGCAAGUGCACGAAAUUGAGUGUGACUUCUUCCUGGCUUGGGAGGGAGAGUUACAUUCUCUUUUUCUCUCUCUCUCUCUUCAGGCUUAGUCUCCUUUUUUUUUUUUUCUUUUCUUUUGACGAGUGUGCUGUGCAUAUGUGUUCUGGCUCAACGACAUCCUUUCUGGGGGAAGUUGCACUUACCUUGGUAGCGUACCGUGUUUUUUUUUUCUCUCUCUCUCUCUCUCUCUCUCACCUACAGGCUGGAAGAGUCGCUACUUUCUUAAUGCUUGACACACACCGCGUCGGAAAAUGACUGUGCAUAGGAAAGCAGAAGCUCUCAUCGCCAAUUAGUGUGUAAAGCCAGAGCUGUCUCACUCUGGAGCUGUCCUUGCAUAGUGGCCUCUCAAACAGCAUGCGCAUGUCUUUUUUUUUUUUUAUUAAUAUGCCGCAAACAGAUCAAAGCAGCUCUGGUGGAAUUUUUUUCCGAGAUAUGUUGUCUGAAAUGCUACUGUUUGGCAAUACUGUGCUAGAGCAAUCGCUCAGCGAGUGAAAGUAGACUCUGCCCAAUUGCGGGAAUGUACCAUAGCGAACCGUUGGCCGACGUUGCUAGAAAGCGUCCUAGCUCGUGUCCUUCUGUGCACAUAUUGCAAGUGAGUUGUGCUGUCCAGUCAACGAACCUUCCUAUCUGCAAUUGUGAAGCUGCCAUUUUUCAGACCUUCCGUCACCUCGUCGCAGUGAAGGGAAUGGUGACGUUGAUCGAGUCUAAAAAUGACCAGGUGUACAUGAAAAAAAUAAUGCCUGCUUGUUUCUUUUUUUUUUUGCACAUUACGUUAACUUGUGUAAUGAGCAAUUCUUUGCAUUGUUUCUGCCCCCCCUGGAACUUUCUGCACACUUUAUUUGCUUGCCGGCAAGCAGUGCGAUUGUUUGCGAGCUGCAGGUUUUCAAGCUCAUGCAGUCAUUUCCGGUUUAGACUAGCGGUGUCGUUAGGACUGGAACACAUAGCAUGUAGGGGAGAAAAAAGGAAUUGCAAAACGGCUUCAUUGGGCACUCUGUACAAUGUGCUCUUCUGCAUAAGUGUGAAGGGCCAGUGCAAUCUGCGGGAUGUUGUUUUUUGUGUGGGCAUGAUCGGGGUUGUUUCAUGAGCGUUUCGUAUUACCCUGUGAUUUCCGAGCGGGAGCAGCAUAACGAGGCAGUUAUAACUGUAUACACGCAGCAACCAGUCGCUCAAUCUUGUAUUCAGUGGCAAGAAGUUUUUUUUCUUGAUAGUUACAUGGGAAAUGUUGGAAACGGGUAUUGUGUGUCAAGCCAGGCCAAGUUUUUUUUUUAUACUUAUAUUUUAGCUUUUUGUUUGGCAGCGCUUCAUUCAACUUUGUUCUCGGGAUGUGAAGCGAACACGGAAGUGCAUAUCUAGUGUGUAUAAGAAAAACCCUUUUAUAACUGGUGGCAACACCUGCUGUUGUGUUAGAGCAGAAAACUCAUACGAAGGCGGGGGUACUGUUGAAGGCAUGGCCAUAAUAAUAUUGCUUGUACAUAACCGGCUGGAAAGUGAGAUAGUUGACAUGUUUCAAAGAUGUGCUAGUUUCUCAGUAUGAUUCUUUUGUGUACUCUUGUGGACAAUGUUGCAGUCUUCUCUUGCGAGGCUGCUUUUUUAACUGUAGUGACCAAGAAGUCACUUCAGCGCAGCUGUCAACAAAAAAUGUGUUGCUGUCCUUUUUGGAAGUUGAAUUAUGCAGAUGACCUAGCCAAGUACUUUUAUUGUUCUUUUGCUGAGAACCGCCGUGCUUGAUUUUUAUUGCUUUUUUCAUGUUGGCACAUAGAGAAGACUGCUGGUUGAACUUCGCGUAAGUCACUAUGCAAAACACCUUGACAGAGAGCGUGAACUCUUUCUUGGGAAAAAGGAAAAGAGAAUGUCCACAGUGAUGAUGUUUUACUUGUCGGUCACUUCACACAUUUGAGGAAGUGGUCAUGUCCUCGGAUACGAGAAUGACUGGGGGAACAGUUCAGGCCUAGCACAAAGGUGGGAUGCGAUAUAUCUUAUUCUCCGUACGACUGGCUCCCCGUUUUUGUGUAUUAGCACAGUACAAUUCGCUCCUGCAGUGUGUGCAACUGGGGAACGCUGUAUGUGAAUGCCUUGGGGCAGUUUCUAUGUACACGUGUUCAAAUGGAACCUUGCCACUGCAGGUGUUAGACUGUGCUGAGAUGCUCCAGCGCCCAAGGAACCAAGUUUCAGUGCCUUGAAAGUGUUAACGUGCGGACAAAUGUUGGGUGUGUAUUGUGUGCGCAUCAUGCCCAUGAGACUUGCUGGUGGCUACAGCUAUGGUCGAGGAUAUGUUAAUGCUUUCUCCUUGCUACCCUGCAAGAAAUUGCGCUGACUGUUGUCCAAAGGAGAACAAACUUCCUCUGUGGCACUCGCCUUGCGAAAGGUUCACCAGCGUUGAAAAAUGUGUGACCAGUCCACAGGGCAACUUUUUAACAGAUGUGAAGCUAGGCCCAUCCAUGGCCUUGGUAGUUGGGAUGAUGGAUUGUUCCUGGCUGGCGGUGAAUUGAUAUGCAGACCACUGCAUUGCUCGAAACAUUGUGCAACACGUGGGCCCCCCGUUUGUAACAUUGAUGACAGCAACAACUCGCGAUGCAACCUGUCCUUGCAUACCAAGCAUUUCAUUGUUUUUCUAGUGAUGAUGUCACUGUACCAAAGUGCCACAAUUCCUGAUGAUGACAUUUUUAAAAGGAUGGCAAGGGCAGUGUAAGCAAAAACUUACUCGGCCUUGUAAUGUGUCGCAUCUGCACCAAUUGCUUUGCGCAUGAACUUGUUUCAUAGUGUUGCCGAUGAACUGCCGACCAUUUCUUUUUUGUCUCUUCUCACAUGUUACUUUCUCAUUCUCGCUUAACUGUUGACGUAGUCUGUGCAUACUGCUAGUCAACUAACUGUGUGAUGCUUGUGACCAGUGGCUGACUGUAGUCAAGAGAGCGGUGUGCCUUUUCAGUGUCUAUGAGUGAGCUAUAUGAGGGGCCUUCUGCUUAUGUUGUGUAAACUCGCGUAUGCUGUCUUCCUUUCCCUGCACUACCUGUCUUGACCGUGCACUUCUAUGUUGUUGUUAGAAUGCUCAGCAGCACACACUUUUGCAAGGAACUGCGGUGAGGCUCCAAUGAGUGCUGAUCUAGAGCCUAACGUAUGUCGAAACUGGGAAGCUCUGGAGAUGCUGGCAAACAGCUUUCUUGGAGUUGUGGUGUUGCUCUGACAAGCAGUUUUGGUGACUUUGGCAACACAAUGAAGUGAAUGCACAUGCUUGUUUUUCCCUUUGUUGCAUGGCAACUUUUCUAAACUUCGCUGUUAUGCAGACAGUGGCACUUCUGCUCUUCAACCAUUGUGAACACUUCUGUGACAACCCCAAUUCUUUCAGGUUUCCCCCCCCUCUCCUCUCCCACAGCAUGUUGGUGGCCAGAACUCUUCUGCUUCGUUUUGCUGAACUGUUCAUUUUGUGAGCAACUAUGGGUCUCAUGCCAUCACCACUGCAGUCAUGUGCUUCCGUAGAGGAGUCAGCAUGCAGAAUGCAGCUUUACACAAAUGCUGUGUGCUGCUUCCGCAUCAUGUGUGCUCUUACUUGCUCACUGUAGAUUUUAUAAACAUCUGCACCCACAUUUGCAAGUCUUCUUUUAUGCAAGAAGGUUUAAGGUGUGCUCGGUGCUUGGGCACCCUCUCCUCGUGAUCGGCAUAUCGAGAUUAUCGCCAUAGCGACAACCAUUCUUGGUACCCCAGCACUUGCAUGAGAGAAGGCUUGCAAAUCACGUGGUACGGUUUAUCUUACAUGAGCUAAUCAUGCACCUGGGUGCAAUGUUUGUGGAAGGAUAUGCUCGCCAUUGCGUUCGAACUAGUUGGUGAUGUUGCAGGGCUGUUGCUCAUCUUCCUUUUUUUUUUUCUAUUCACCUGGAGAUGCGACACCUGCUGGUUGUCCAUAGUGAUGCGCCGUACCAUGGCUCAGAAAAAUGUUAGCCUCUCUAGCUCUGCCUCUGUCCCAGUAUGACAACUGGAACUUUUAGAGCGUACCCACAUUUAGAAGUGUAGUACACCAAGUCACGACAGUUUCCUGUUGGUUUAAUGUGCAGUGCACAUAUGUCAGUGUUGCUGUACGAAAAGCAGCUGUAAAAAAGACUUGGGCACAACACUUUUAAAAGUCGCACUGCUUUGUCUCAAUAUGCUAUACAAACCAGUCGGAUCCAGUUAAGAUAGACUAAUUGCGUUCCAUGAAGAUAGUAAAUGCAGCCCUCUUCCUAUACUUCACUUAUCUAACAGCACACUGAUGCUUAAAAAUCAUGCAUAGCAAAUGAAGGCAUUGCAGAAGUUGGUGUUGUGCAGCUUUCUUCACAACACUUUCCUAGCAACUCAUCCAGGGACAAUGAAAACCAGCAAAUGCAUGCCAAUCAGAAAGUUAAACUGAAUAUCAGUGCCAUUAUUAAAAAAAAAUUUUUAUGUCAGUCUCAAACCAGUUAGGUGGUGACAGAAGUACAGCAUGAAGGCCGUAAUGCCCUCUUGCCAGCUGGUUGUGGCCACUUCGCUGCUUCUAGCUUGCACAUUCAAGUACAAGAUGCAGUUGACUGCCAUGGUUGAAGACCAGUACCGUACUUAAUGAUAAUUUUUUUUUUUCAUUUUUCCCACACAGUGGGCAAUGACAGAAGGAAAGGUAGACAAAGUGAUAAUAUGCACAGUCUUAUGUUGAAAGUUCGUUGGCUGAAAUGUGAGCUGCGACUCUUUUCUGAAAGUGAGCCAUGGUUUGUGCAGCAGAUGCUGAAGGACGUGUUAGGCUAACUUGGUUACAGAAAUGUAAUCCUGGUAGCUCGUUUGUACACAGCAAAAUAUAGCUCAUAGAAAGGCUUAGGUAUUAGUGGCUCUUUUUAUAUCCCAAUCCAUAGCCCAACAUGCUGCCAACUUGCAGGCAAGGAGAGUGUUACUGACUAAUACAGACACGGAACACCCUGGCUGAUGAUUUUGGUUGAUGCCUUAGAUGUUUGCAUGUAGCUGCACUUUUCUCCUUCCUGUUGCUAUGACCUUUCUUCAAUAUUAUUUACAGGUAGUUGAGUAUUAGCAGUUACAUAGGAGCUGGGCUAUAUUUUUUUUGUUUGAAUAGAUCCUAGCAUUCCAUGUGUUUCAUAGAGAACAACCUAGCCACUUUGUUGUACAAAUGAGUCAGCUUGUAAGGUAGCCAUUGUUAAAAAAAAAUAAAAUGUGGCAUCAGUGCUAA